GCGAAAACAUUGUGAGGUGUUCUGGAUCCUGUUUAGGUAAGAAAUAAAACAACAAGCAAAAUGUCGAUACUGGGAUCAUUUGCAAGGUUGCCAGUUCAAAUAUCAUGUAGGACAAUAAAUUUACCUCAAAGCCUAUCAUGCUAUGGAUUUUUAGUGAAUGUAAGAAGUUUUAACAGAAGCAGCCAAUAUCUAUCAGAAAGUCCUAACAAAGAUUAUGUUGUUAGUAAAGUUUAUCUCAAUAGAAAUCCAAGAAACCUUGAAAAACUACGGUUGGCAAGGAAACGUUUAGGGUGGCAGUUUCAAGCUCCACGUAAGGAUUAUUAUCACAGGCUAGUAUUCUCCCGCAGUAACAGACACACAGAGGCGUGGAUAGAACACUGGAGUGGGGAGGUGGUCGUCUCAGCCAGCUCGAAGGAAUGGGCCAUUCGCAAUCAACUUUAUAGCUGUACGGAUGUGUCGGCCAGUACCAGUGUGGGCAAGGUCCUGGCUCAGCGCUGCCUGGAGAGUGGCAUCACCUGCUUCUACUUUGACCAGUCACAGGUGGACAUGAAUGCUGAGAAGGUGCAAAGUUUCCUGCAAGAACUGACCAGUGCUCACAUCUCCCUGUUUGAGCCCUGUAUGAUUGUGCCUAGGUUCACCCCAGGCAUCAACUACGACGGCUACAACCGUUACGCUGAGCCUAAAGUCUGGAAGGAAGAUUAUCAAGAUAUUUGAUUGUUGUGUGAAAUACUUUGUACAACA